AUGGUGGAAAGCAGUGCAGUGAUCGCAGCCAAUUGGAUUUCAUUCCUUGUAAUCGCAGGAUCUUUUGUUGUCUUGUGUUUCAUUUCUUUAAGAUACAAGGGUCCUGGAGGAAACGAAAACUACUACAAUGGCUUUAGGGAACAAAACAUGUUGACUGUCAUCAUCAACUUAUGGUGCGCUCUUGCUUAUUUUGCAAAGGUCCUGCAGUCACACUCCGACGACGAUGGAUUCGUGCCCUUGACGAAGAUCCCCUACCUCGAUUACGCCACAACCUGUCCGUUGCUCACGUUGGAUCUCAUGUGGUGCCUGGACGCCCCAUACAAGAUCACAAGCGCCGUCCUGGUCUUCACGGUCAUGAUCACUGGAGUAGCAUGCAGCCUUGCAGUUGCCCCUUACUCGUUCUACUGGUUUGCCAUGGGAAUGGUGUUGUUCAUAUUCACAUAUGUCUUGAUGCUGUCCAUCGUGAGGGAGAGACUGGAAUUUAUUACGCAGUGUGCUCAUGACAGCAAUGCAAAGAGAAGCAUCAAACACUUGAAGGCGGCUGUCAUUAUCUACUUUGGAAUUUGGCCCAUCUUUGCUAUUCUAUGGCUUCUUUCUUACAGAGCGGCAAAUGUCAUAUCGAACGACACGAAUCACAUCUUGCACUGCAUCUUGGACGUGAUCGCCAAAUCUUGUUUCGGCUUUGUGCUGCUCCAUUUCAAGAUGUACUUCGACAAGAAGCUCCUCGAAUCUGGAGUGCACGAGGAUGAAUUCGCUGAGUACAGCAAAGAAGUUAGCAAACAUCGUGAAGAGAAGCCAUGGCGAAAGACAGCUUCAAGCUAUCCUGAGUCGGACUACGACGAACCUGUGUACAUGAAUGGCGAGGACUUGAACCUCAACGACCCACCAGCAUGGGGAGGUCUGCAAGCUUCAGCCGCUUCAUGGGAGGACCUUCAGCCUGCCAACGACCGAGAGGUCACGCAUUUCAACGAGUUCUGCCGGAGUUUACCGAAGAAGAUGGUUUCACUCAUGAACGAUCAGACGAACAUGUACAACAGCGAGGACAAGGAUGAGGGGAAUUACCUGGAGCGAGCGAAGGUCGCGCAUACGAAGACCAGGGACAAAUUUCACAUCGGAAACGGGAAUGGAGAGAAGAAAGAGCAGGAGGUCCUGGCUACCCUCCCGGACGCAUCGACAGCUCCUGUCGCUGAAGCUGCUGCGUGUGGAUGA